AUGGAGGUAGAAUUGGGACUGAAGAUCACAAGAACAAGAGACGAUGUCUCGUCCUCUGUGGAUUUUCACUUCUCCAAAGACCCCUUUGGUCCCCUCUGGCUUACCCGAGAAACCGAUUCAAUGUUUGUCCUCAUCAUUCAUCUCCGAGGGUCGAAAACUGAUGCAGGGUUUAAGAAGGAAGGUAUUGGAAUCGAUAUAAAUAAAGAAGGAAACCGAAUUACGAUUAAUGGAAGAAAACCAGUACAAGAGAUGGUUUUGAUUAGGUGGAUGGCUUGGAAGAAGGAGGUGGAAUUAAGGGCAUUCAGGAAAGUUUUCCGGAUUCCAAAUAUCGUCGAUUUAGAUAAGAUUAAAGCGAGAUUCAACGAGGAAGAUGGGGUUCUAACGAUUAAAAUGCCCAAAAACGUUAAGGGAACCUCGAGGUUUAAGAUCGAAGAGGAAGAAGCAGAAGAAAGAGUAGACUUAGAAGGUCCAAGCGAGAUUGAGAGGAAAGCAGAAGCAGAUGAACAAAAUAAAGAGGUUGAAGAGAAAGAAGAAGUAGAAGAGGAGAAGACAGAGAGAAAAGAACCUGAACAACACCAGGAGAAGUCAGAGGAGAAGAUUGAAGAAAUUACGUCAUGGAAAGAAAGAGAAAUUCAAGUGUUGGGGGAUUACAAAGAGAGUUUAGAGAAAGACGUCAAAAAAAAGGAUAAGAUUGGUGAGGCAAUAGGUGAAAGAUUGGUAAAACAAGAAGAGAUAACGAACGAAGAAGACGAAGAAGAAGAAAGGAAAGGAGGAGAAACUGUAGAAAUUGAAGUAAAUAUCGAAGAACAAGAAUUAGGUGAACCGGAGAGGCAUAAAGAAGAAGGUGAGAUUCGAGAAUUCUCAGAAAAGCGAACUCGAAGAGAAGAGAAUGAGGAGGAAAAACAAGAACCCGAUAAACAUAAGAGAUAUAAAGAGCGAGAAAAAAUCCUUUCAGAGAUGGAGGGAAAACCUGAGGAAGAUAACUAUCAAAGAAGACAAAAGAUUGAAGCUCAAGAACUGGAUGAAUCAGAGAGAUAUGGAGCACAAGAAAAGAUUCGAGAGCUUAUUAAAGAAGAAGAAGAAGAAGAAGAAGUUGUAGGAGUGGAGAUAAAGUCUAAAGAUGAUAUCAUUAAACAGAUGCAAGAGUUGGAAGAACAAGAAUCAGAUGAAUCAUCAAAAACAUCGGCAGAAGAAGAAAGCAACAUCCAGGAACGGAUGGAAAGGAAAACGUAUCAUACCAAAGAAGAAACAAAAGAAGAGGAUAAAAUAGAAAAAACAAUUAUUACAACUGAGGAUGAUAGCACAGAAGAGUUUAUAGAGACUAAAACACAAGAGCAGUGUCAACCAAAGAGACACGGAGAACAAGACAAGAUACAAGAACUGGUGGAAGCAAAGGCAAGUGAUCACAAAGACAAACCAGAAAUCAUUGAAAUGGAGGAAAGAAAUGGAGAAGAUACCACAACAAAGACAUCUAUGAUUGAAGGGCAAGAACCCGAUGAACCAGAAAGGCAUAAGAAACAAGAAGAUAUUCAAGAAUUAUUUGAAAAGCAAACACCUCGAAAAGAAGAAAAGGCAGAGGAAAUUGAUACAACGGUGACAAGUAAAGAUAUUGGCAUAAGAAAGAUUCAAGAGACUGAAAAACAAGAGCCAGAUGAACAUAAGAAAUGUAAAGAACGAGAAACGACCCUUUUAGAAACGGAGGCAAAAGCCACGGACGAUAGUUCCCAAAAAGUUCAAAAGAUUGAAGCUCAAGAACUGGACGAAUCAAAGAGGCAUGAGGUACAAGAAAAGAUUCAUGAACUUGUUAAAGAAGUGAGUGAUCGCAAAGACGAUAAAGAAGAGGCAGUUGUAGGAAUGGAGAAAAAGACUAAAGAUGAUAUCCUCACAAAUAUGCAAGAGUUUGAAAAACAAGACUCAGAUGAAUCACCAAAACCAUCCAAAGAAGAAAGCAACAUCCAAGAACCAAUAGAAGGGAAAACAUAUCACCACAAAGAAGAAACAGAAGAAGAGAAUAAAAUAGCAAAAACUAUGACUACAACUGUGGAUGAUAGUUCAGAAACGUUUCAACCAAAGAAACCCAGAGAACAAGACAAGAUACAAAAAUUGGCUAAAGCAAAGACAAGUGAUAAAAAAGAAGAACAAGAAAUCAUCAAAAUUGAGGAAAAUAUUGGCGAUGAUAGCACAAAAAAGACACAUAUGAUUGAAGGACAAGGACUAGGUGAAUCAGAAAGGCAUGAGAAACAAGAAGCGAUUCAAGAACUACUACAAAAGCAAACAGAGGAAGAAAGGGAAGAGAAAAUUACUACAAUGGAGACAAAAAAUAAGGAUAUUAACUUAACAAAGAUACAAGAUGCUGAACAGCUAGAACCAGAUGAACAUAAGAGAUACAAAGAACGGGAGAAGAUCCUUUCGAAGACGGAGGCACAAGACGAAAAUGAUAGCUCUCAAAGAAGUCAAAAGAUUGAAUCACGAGAGCUGGAUGAAUCAGAGAGACAUGGGAUACAAGAAAAGAUUCACGAACUUGCUAAACAAGAAGUGAGGGAUUACGAAGAAGAAAAAGAAGAGGCAGUCAUAAGCCACAUCCAAGAACCAAUAAAAAGGAAAACAGAUCAUCGCACAGAAGAAACAAAAGAAGGGGAUAAAAUUGAAAAAACAAUGAUUACAACUCAGGAUGAUAGUUCAAAUGAGUUUCAAGAGUCCAAAAAACAAGAGCUAUAUCAACCAAAGAGACCCAGAGAACAAGACAAGAUACAAGAACUGGUUGAAGCAAAGACAAUUGACCACAAAGGAAAACGAGAAAUCGUUGAAACUGAGGAAAAAAUUGGAGAUGAUAGUACAAAAAAGAUACCUAGGAUUGAAGGGCAAGAAGUAGAUGAAUCAGGAAGGCAUAAAAAACAAGACACGAUUGAAGGAUUAUUAGAAAAGCAAACACCUCGAAAAGAAGAAAAGGAAGAGGAAAUUGCUACAAGGGAGACAAAAAGUAAGGGUAUUAGCCUAAGAACGAUUGAAGAGACUGAAAAACAAGAACAAGAUGAACAUAAGAGAUAUAAAGAACAAGAAAAGAUCCUUCCAGAGAUGGAGACAGGAGCCAAGGAUGAUGGCUCAAGAAGUGAAAAGAUUGAAGCACGAAAAGUGGAAAAACCCGAACAACAAGGGGUACAAGACAAGAUUCAUGAACUUGUUAAAGAAGAAGCGAGGGGUCAAGAAGAAGAAGAAGAGGCAGUUGUAGGAUUGGAAAUAAAGACUAAAGAUGAUAUCCUUAAAAAGAAGCAGGAGAUUGAAGAACAAGAAUCAGAUGAAUCAUCAAAAAUAUCAGAAGAAGAAGAAAGCAACAUUCAAGAACCAAUGGUAAGGAAAACAUAUCAUCAAGAAGAAGAAACAAAAGGGAAUGAUAAAAUUGCAAAAACAAUUACUACAGUUGAGGAUAAUAUCUCAAAACAGUUUCAAGAGACUACAAAACAAGAGCUGUAUCAGCCAAAAAAACCGAGAGAACAAGACAAGACACAAGAACUGGUUAAAGCAAAGACAAGUGACCAUGACGAGGAAAGAGAAAUCGUUGAAAUUAAGGAAAAAAUUGGAGAAGAUACGACAAAAAAGAUAUCUACGAUUGACGGACAAGAGCUAGAUGAAUCAGAAAGGCAUAAGAAACAAGACCCGAUGCAAGAACUAUUGGAAAAUCAAACAACUCGAAGAGAAGAAAAGGAAGCGGAAAUUGUUAAGGCCGUGACUAAAAGUAAAGAUAUUAGCCUAAGAAAGGUUCAAGAGACUGAACAACAAGAACCAGAUGAAGAUAAAGAACGAGAAAAGAUCCUUUCAAAGAUGGAGACAAAAGUCGAGGAUGAUAGCCUUCAAAGAAGUCAAAAGGUUGAGGCACGAGAACAAGAUGAAUCACAUAGACAUAGGGUAGAAGAACCGAUUCAUGAACAAGAAUCAGAUGAAUCAUCAAAAACAUCCAAAGAAGAAAGCAACAUCCAAGAAUCAAUGGAAAGGAAAACAUAUCAUCACAAAGAAGAAACAAAAAAAGAAACACAUAUGAUUGAAGGACAAGAACUAAGUGAAUCUGGAAGGCAUAAGAAACAAGAAGAGAUUCAAGAAUUAUUAGAAAAGCAAACAACUAAAAAAGAAGAAAAAGAAGAGGGAAUUACCAGGACUGAGACAAAAAGUACGGAUGUUAACUCAAGAAAGAUUCAAGAUGUUGAACAACAAGAACCAUAUGAACAAAAGAGAUAUAAAGAACGAGAAAAAGUCCUUUCAGAGAUGAAGAUGGAGACAAAAGUCGAGGAUGAUAGCUCUCAAAGAAAACAAAAGAUUGAACAACGAGAACUGGAUGAAUCAAAGAGACAAGGGGCACAAGAAAAGAUUUGUGAACUUGCUAAAAAAGAAGUGAGGGAUCGUGAAGAAGACAAAGAAGAGGCAGUUGUAGGGUUGGAAAUAAAGACUAAAGAUGAUACCCUUGAAAAGACGCAAGAGAUUGAAGAACACGAAUCAGGUGAAAUGAUGAGAUCUAAAGAAGAAAGCAACAUCCAAGACCCCAUGGAAAGAAAAACACAUUAUCACAAAGAAGAAACAAAAGAAGAGGAUAAAAUGGCGCAAACUAUGAUUGCAACGGAGGAUGAUAGUUCAAAAAAGUUUCAAGAGCAGUAUCGACCAAAGAGACUCAAGGAACAAGACAAGAAAUGGGAAUUGGUUAAAGCAAAAGCAAGUGAUCACAAAGAAGAACGAGAAAUAGUCGAAAUUGAGGAAAAAAUUGAAGAUGAUAGCACACAAAAGACGCCUCAGAUUGAAGGACAAGACCAAGACAAAUCAGAAAGGCACACGAGAAUAGACAAGAUUCAAGAACUAUUGGAAAAACAAGCACCACGAAAAGAAGAAGAAGAGGAGGAAAUUUCAUCAAUGGAGAAAAAAAGUCAGGAUAUGCACCAAAGAAAGGUUCAAGAGACUGGAAAGCAAGAACUAGAUGACCACAAGAUAUAUAAAGAACAAGAAAAGAUCUUUCCAGAGAUGGAGACAAAAGUCGAGGAUGAUAGCCCUCAAAGAAGUCAAAAGAUUGAAGCACGAGAAGUGCAAGAAUCAGAAAGAUAUGUGGUCCAAGACAAGAUUCAAGAUUUUGUUAAAGUGGCGAAUGAUCGAAAAGAAGAAAAGGAAGAGGCAGUCGUAGGAAUGGAGAUUAAGACUCAAGAUGAUAUCCUGGAAAAGAUGCAAGAGUUCGAGGUACAAGAAUCAGACGAAUCAUCAAAAACAUCCAAAGAAGAAAACACCCAAGAACCAAUGAAAAGGAAAACAUAUCACCAAGAAGAAGAAAGAAAAGAGGAUGAUAAAAUGGAGAAAACAACGAUUACAACAGAGGAUGAUAGCUCAAAAGAGAUUCAAAAGCCUAAAAAACAAGAGUUGUAUCAACCAAAAAGAGCCAGAGAACAAGAUAAGAUACAAAAAUUGGCUGAAGCAAAGACAAGUGACCAUAAAGAAGAACGAGAAAGCAUUGAAAUUGAGGAAACAAUUGGAGAUGAUAGCACAAAAAAGAUACCUAAGAUUGAAGGACAAGAACUAGAUGAAUCAGAGAGGCACAAGAAACAAGACGAUAUUCAAGAAUUAUUCAAAAAGCAAACAACUCGAAAAGAAGAAGAGAUAGAAGAAAUUGCAACAACAAAGACAAAACAUAGAGAUAUUAGCCUACGAAAGGUUCAAGAGACGGAACAACAAGAAGCAGAUGGGCAUAUGACACAUAAAAAACGAGAAAAUAUCGUUUCACUGAUGGAGACAAAAGCCAAGGAUGACAGCCCUCAAAGAAGACGAAAGAUUGAAGCACUAGAACUGGAUGAAUCAGAGAGACAUGGGACAAAAUACAAGAUUCAUGAACUUAUUAAAGAAGAAGUGAGGGAACGCGAAGAAGGAAAAGAAGGAGCAAAUGCAGGAAUGGAGAUAAAGACAAAAGAUGGUAUCCUUGCAGAGAUGCAAGAAUUCGAAGAACAAGAAUCAAAUGAAUCAUCCAAAAGAACCAAAGAAGAAUGUGAGAUCCAAAAGCCAAUAGAAAGGAAAACAUAUCACCAAAAAGAAGAAACAAAAGAUGAUGGUAAAAUUCCGAAAACAAUGAUUACAAUAGAGGAUGAUAGUUCAAAAGAGUUUCAAGAGCCUAAAAGACAAGAGCCAAACCAAGCAAAAAGGGGCGGAGAACAAGACAAGAUACAAGAAUUGGUUGAAGCAAAGACAAGUGAUCAUAAAAAAGAACAAGAAAUCAAUGAAAUUGAGGAAACAUUUGGAGAUGAUGGCACAAAAAAGAUACCUAAGAUUGAAGGACAAGAACUAGAUGAAUCAGAGAGGCACAAGAAAGAAGAUGAGAUUCAAGAAUUAUUCAAAAAGCAAAGGACUCAAAAAGAAGAAAAAGAUGUGGAAUUUACGACAAAGACAAAACAUAAGGAUAUUAGCCUAAGAAAGGUUCAAGAAAUUGAACAAAAAGAACCAGAUGAACAUAAGAUAUAUGAAGAACGAGAAAAGAUCCUCUCCGAGGCGGAGACAAAAGUCGAGCUUGAUAGCUCUCAACCACAACAGAAGAUUGAAGCAAGAGAACUGGAUGAAACAGAUAGACAUGGGGUACAAGACAAGAUUCAUGAACUUGUUAAAGAAGAAGCGAGAGAUCAGGAAGAAGAAAAAGAAGAGGCAGAUGCAGGAACGGAGAUAAAGACUACACAUACUAUCCUAAAAAAGAUGCAAGAGUUCGAAGAACAAGAAUCAGAUGAAUCAUCAAAAACAUCCAAAGAAGAAAGCAACAUCGAAGAACCAAUGGAAAAGAAAACAUGUUAUCAAGAAGAAGAAACAAAAGAGGAUGAAAAAAUCGCAAAAACAAUGAUCAUAACCGAGAAAGAUAGCUCAAAUCAGUUUCAAGAGUUGUAUCAACCAAAAAGAUCCCGAGUACAAGACAAGAUACAAGAAUUGGUUGAAGUAAAGACAAGUGAACAAAAAGAACAACGUGAAAUCGUUGAAAUUGUGGAAAAAAUUGGAGAUGUUAUAACAAAAAAAAUACCUAUGAUUGAAGGGCAAGAACAAGACGAAUCAGAAAGGCUGAAGAAACAAGACAAGAUUCAAGAAUUAUUAGAAAAGCAAACAGCUCGAAAAGAAGAAAAGGAAGAGGAAAUAGUUGCAACGAAGAGAAAAAUUAAGGAUACUAGCCUAAGAAAGGUUCAAGAGAAAGAACAACAAGAACCAUAUGAAUAUAACAUAUAUAAAGAACGAGAAAAGACCCUUUCAAAGAAGGAGACAACAGUCGAGUAUGAUGUCACGCAAAGAAGACAAAAGAUUGAACCACGAGAACUAGAUGAAACUGAGAGACAUGGGGCAAAAGACAUGUUUCAUGAACUUGUUAAAGAAGAAAGGUGGGAUCACAAAGAAGAUAAAGAAGAGGCCAUUGCAGGAAUGGAGAUAAAGAGUAAAGAUGAUAUCCUUCAAAAGAUGCAAGAGUUAGAAGAACGACAAACAAAUGAAUCAUCAAAAACAUCCAAAGAAGAAAGCAACAUCGAAGAAUCAAUGGAAAGGAAAACAUAUCAUCAAGAAGAUGAAACAAAAGAAGAUGAUCAAAUUGCAAAAACAAUUAUUACAACUGAGGAUGAUAGCUCAAAACAGGUUCAACAGCCUGAUAAACAAGAGCAGUAUCAACCAAAAAGAUCAAGAGAACAAGACAAAAUAAAAGAAUUUGUUGAAGGAAAGACAAGUGAUCAUAAAGAAGGAUGCGAAUUUGUCAAAGUUGAGGAAAAACAAGGAAUCGAUACUACAAAAAAGGUUCAAAUGAGUCAACGACAAGAAUUAGAUGUAUCGGAGAGGCAAAAGAAACAAGACAAGAUUCAAGAACAAGUGGGAAAACAAGCUCAAGAAGGACAAGAGGAAGAAGAAUCUGCAAAGGUCAAAAUUAAAAUUGGGGAUGUUAGCAUUAGAAAGAUUAAAGAGAAUAGAGAACAAGAACUGGAAGUUGUACAAAAGAGCCAUGGAGAAGAAGAAAAUAUCCAAGCAUCGGCUGAAAUGAAUAUCUCAGAGGUGGAGCCAAAAGAUGACUAUGAUACAAGAAAGGUUCAACAAAUCAAGAAUAUAGAGGGAAAAUUUGACUAUGAUAGAAUAAAACAUAUCCAUGAUAAUGAAGAACAAGAAACAGAUGGGCCGUCAAGGCAUAACAAACAAGACAAUAUUCAGAAACUGCUGGAAAAACAAACAACUCCAGAACGACAAGAUGAAAAGGAAAUUACGAUGGUGGAAGACAAAAAUAGGGAUAUUAGCUUGAGAAAACUUCAAGAAGUUAAAAAGCAAAAACCGAAAGAUGAACAAAGGAGUCACGUGGAAGAAGAAAAUUUUUAUAAAUUGGAAGAAGAUAAAAUAUCAGAGGCAGAGGCAAACAUUGUUGAUGGUAGUUGGGGAAAAGUACAAAGAACUGAAGAUCAAGAAUUGGGUCAACUAGAGAGGCCUGGAGUACAAGAUACCAUGCAUGGACUUAUCGAAGAGGAAGUGAGUGAUCGAGAAGAAGAAAAGGACGAUACAAAUGAAAUAAAGAAAAAAGCUAAAUAUCAUAUCCUAGAAGAGAUACAAGAGCUCGAGGAGAAACAUCUAGAUCAACCAAUGGGAUUUAAGGAAGAAAGCAAAACACAAGAUUUGAUUUUAGGGAAAACAUAUGAUCAAGAACAAGAAGAAAAAGGAAAGGAUAAAACUGCAAAAACUAUGACGACAACCGGGGGUGAUAGUUCAAGAAAGGUUCAAGGUAUUAAAAAACAAGAGUCAUACAGUCCAAAAAAGACCAAAGGACAAGACAAGAUAGAGGAGUCGGGAAAAUCAAAUGAUAAUAAAGAAGAAGUAGAAGGAGGAAAAAUUGUUGAAACAAAUGCAAAAAUUGAGGAUGAUAGCACAAAGAAUAUUCAUGAGAUUGAAGAACAAGAACGAGAUAAACCAAAUAAGCAAUGGAGACAAGAAAAGAUUCAAGAGGUGAAGGAAAAGAAAACAAGUCAAGAGAAGCAUAAGGAAAAGGAAAUUGUGAAGGUUGAAACAAAAAGUGAGGAUAUUAGCUUAAGAAAGCUUCGAGAGAUUUAUGAACAAAAAUCAAAGGAUGGUGAAAAGAGGCAUGAGGAACAUAAAAAUAUUCAAGAAUCCUUGAAAGAGGAAACCCCAGUCGCAGAGACAAAAACUGAGGAUGAAAAACAAGAAUUGCAUAAACCAGAGAGGCAUGGGAAAGAAGACAAGAUGCAUGAACGUGUUGAAGAUGAAGCAAGUGAUCAUGAGAAAGAAAAGGAAUCAAAAAUUGCAGAAGAUAUCUUACGAAUUAUACAAGAUAAUGAAAAACGAAAACCAAAUGAGCCAGAAAUAGACAAGGAGGAAAGCAAAAUCCAAGAGUCUACGGAAAGAACAACUCAUGGUCAAGAAAAAGGAAAACAAGAGGCGAAAUUUGGAGAAAUAAAGAAAAAAUCUUUGGAUGCUGGUCUGAAUAUAAGUGAAGAGAUAGUAAAGGUUAGUACGGAAAUGAGAGAAGCAAUGAAACAACGAGAAGAGAAGCCACAAGAGAAAGGAACAACAAGAAAAGAAGAGGAAAUUACAAAAGAUGACAAUUCAGGAAAGAUUCAAGACACUGAAGCACAAAACUUAAAUCAAUUAGACAGACAAGAGACGAAACGAGAUAAUGUUGAAAACCCGAAGGGAGAUGUAAUAAUCGAUGGAGAAGAUCACAAGGAAAAAGAAUAUACAGAAGUGGUAACAGAAGAUGAGGAUGAAACGUCAAGAAAAGUUGAGAAGUUUGAAGAACGCAAAAAACAAGAAAUCAUUCGACAACUAAUAGAAGAGGAAAUAAGUGAUCGUGGCAAAAAAGAUAUGGAUGAUAAUGGGCGAAUUGCAGAGACUGGAGAACAUGACUUAUAUGAACAGGUAUUGAUUGAAAAGGAAAUGAAAAAAACCAAGGGAGAGGGAGAGGGAGAAGAGGAAGAAGACAACAAGAUUGUAGAGACAACCACAGAAGUUGAGGAUCAUAUUUUGAAAAAGAUUGCAGCGAAUGAUGAUGAUGAACUAGAUGAAAAAGAAAGACGCGUACAAGAAGCCACCAUUAUGCAAAGACCUGCAGAAAACAUAGUAAGUGGCCAUAAAGAGAAAAUAGAAGAAAAAGAACAAGUUGUGGAGACAGAAACACAAACUGGGGACCAUAAGUUAGAAGAGAUUCAAAAGAUUACAGAACAAGAAUUUAAUGAUUCAGAGAAGCACAAGAAACAAAAAAGUAUCCUAAAAGUUAAGGAAGAAGAAAUAAAGGAUAUGAUAAAUGAAAAGGGGCAGGAAAUUGAAGAAGUACAGGCCAGAAUUCGAGGCGAUGGACCAAGAAAAGUUCAAAAGAUUGUUGAAGAAGAAGAAGAAGAUGAUGAUGAUCAAUCAGAAAAAAGUAAGGAACAAAACAAAACCCAAGAACUAGUAGAAGAGAAAAUGAGUAACCAAGAAGAAGAAGAAGAAGACAAGAUGGAGAAUAUCACAGAGAUGGAAACCAAAGCUGAUAACAGUAGCAAAAGAGUUCAAAUGAUCGAAACACAAGAAUCUAAUGAACCAGAACAAUCAAAGGAACAAAAUCUGAUUUGCAAACUGGUGGAAGCAGAAAAAAGUGACAAUGAAGGAAAAGGAAUUCAAGAAACAAAUACAAAAAUUGAGAAUCACAUAUCAAGAGAAGUUCAUGGCACUGGAGAACAAGAAAUAAGCGAACCAGAAAAGGUCAAAACAUUGGUGGAAGAAAAAGCUAGUGAACACAAAGAAGAAGAUCAAUGCAAAACAAAGUACGAGGAUGAUAGCUUGCCAAAAAUUCAAGACACAAACAAACGAGAAUCCAUGGGGCCGAAGAGUCACAUGCAAUGUGACAAAAUUCAAGAAUUAGUGGGCAAGGACAAAAAAGAAGAAGAAAAAGAACAACAACAACAACCAGAAGAAGAAGAAGAAGAAGAAGAAGAAGAGUUAGAAGUAGAAUUUGAAGAAGAAGAAGAAGAGGAGGAGUUAAAAGUAGAAUUUGAAGAAGAAGAAGAAGAGUGGGACGCUGAAGUAAUACAAGAGAGUGACUUGGGUAAAAUUAGGAGGAGGAUCAAAGUGGGUUUUGGAUUAGCUGCAGGAUCAACAAUGUUUGUGUCACUUAUUGUUAUUGUUAUUCGAAUCAUUCGGUCUAAGAGAAAAAAGAAGUCGUUCAUGCUCUAACCAAUGCAACAUGCCAUCUCUUUUUCUAACGUUUUAAGUCCAACAUAUAAAAAAAUAUAAAAGCGGCAACAAGACAACAUCUAUCAACAUUUGAAUAUAUAGUUGAAAUCGGUCAAAAUCUGAAAGAAUAAUCAGUGAUGUCAAAUGGGCAGGUUGGAACCAACCCAACCCAACCCUUUUAUCGGGCAGCCAAUCAACCACAAUACCAAUUUUCUAAGCCAGACUUUGGAUCAUAAUCAUCAUGUACUUAGGCAGAUACUGAAGAUUAAGAGACCUCAGUUUCGAACUACGGUUAGAAACUACUACAGAUUAACAUGGCUGUGUAUCUACACGCCAAUACACAAACUUAUACACAUGCAACAAGAAGGGCACAAGAAAAUUCAGCUCAACAUGUGAGAAAGAAAACUACAGAAAACCCAGUUAUAAUUCAAACCAAAUCGGUAAU